AUGGCUAGGAUACCGGAAGGCCAGGUUUUCGAGAGGAGUAGGAAUGCUGUGUUGCAUAGCGAGGAGAAUCUCAAGACUGUUGUGGCGGACGUGUUGGACUGGCUCGCGCGACCGGACAACAGCGACUGGCUCCUUAUCUUCGACAACGUUGACCAAGACAUCGAUCAGGGCAGCGAGACGGGCGCCUACGAUGUCCGGCGGUAUCUGCCCGGCGACCAUGAGUCGGUGCUGAUCACGACACGACUGUCGCGGCUGGCGCUGUUAGCUAUGGACGAGGCAAGUAGGGAGCUGCUCGGUCUGCUCGACGGCCUUCCGCUCGCGCUGGCACAGGCUGCCUCAUAUGUCCGCGAGACCGGGCUCGAUACCGCGUCGUAUGUUCGGCUCUACAAGCAGCAGUGGGACGAUCUGAUGGGAUUGGAUGGGGAGUGGGGCUCGCCGCUGGUGGACUACGAACAGGGAAGCGUCGCGACAACGUGGACCGUAUCGUUCAAGGCGGUUGAGGCGCAAACCAAGAACGCCGCGAACCUGCUCCGUCUCUGGGCCUUGUCGACGGCAGAGACCUUUGGCACGGCCUGCUGCAGGCGGCUGUCGAUGGCGGAGAGCAGUGGCCUGGAUGGCUGUGUGACGUCGCAGGCAACGAGGUCCGGUACCUGGACGCGGUUCGACUGCUUCUCCGGUACUCGAUGA